AGACGAGCAGAGGCCUGGCCUGGGGGAGGCGGGUGCCCCAGCCCCCGGCGGGGCACAGGUACAAAAGGAGAAGCAGGCAGGCGUAGCGUGGGCACAGGGAUACGCCAGCGUCCCCCCGGCACCCGGCAAGCACCUCAGGGCACCACAGGGCUUCCUGCCACAGAACCCCAAGGACAGCCAUGGCUGGGGACGGGGAGCUCAACCGCAUCAUCAAGGACCUGCAGAAGACUGUGACAGAGCUGAACCGCAGCUACCGGGAGCAGAACCUGCCAGUGACGGAUGGGAGCCGGGAGCUGCACAGCCUCUGUGCCCAGCUGGAGUUCCUCCUCCAGUUUGACCUCAAGGAGAAGAGAAGUUUCUUUGGGCAGCGGAAGGACUACUGGGACUUCUUGUGCCAGGGCCUGGCAGGGCAGCGGCAGGAGCACGAGGGCAUUCGCUUCGUCACCUCCCUGGACAAGUUGAAGACCCCCGUGGGCAGGGGUCGAGCCUUCCUGCGCUACUGCCUGGUGCACCGACAGCUGGCAGAGUCCCUGCAGCUCUGCCUGCUGGACCCCGAGACCCUCCGCGAGUGGUACUACGCCCGCAGCCCCUUCCUGAGCCCCCGGUGCCGGGCAGAGAUCCUGGGCAGCCUCUACGAGUUGGACGGUGUCACCUUCCACCUGGCCCUGUACAGGGCUGACCUGGACACUGCCUGGCCUAUGUUCUCUGAGACACUGGUCCGGCCCAGCCCGGUGACUGGGAACAGUCUUGCAAAGAUGACCCUGCAGACAGAGGACACUGGCACCAGAGCGCAUGGAUGGCCCGAUGGCGUGGACCAUCCUAUCACAGCACCCUGUGGAGUACCUGUCCACCUGUGCCCACCCCCAGCUGCCCUGCAAGGAAGGAGUUUAGAGGUGAAGGAUGUGGAGUACUUGGAAGUGAAGGAGGACAUGGAAGAAGAGGAUGAAAAGGAGGUGGAGAAAGAUGAUGAGGAGGAGGAUGUGGAGGAUGUGGAGGUAGAAGAGGAUGUGGAAGAGGAAGAUGAAGAGGAACUGGAAGAAAAUGAGAAGGAAAUAGAGGAUGUGAAUGUAGAGGAGCUGGAGGACACACACGGCACAGUCAAAGCACCCCAGCCUGAUGGUGAUGGGGACCCUGGCACAUCCCCAGUGCCCGGCACAGGGUGUCUGUUGGGGUCCCUGGCCCCAGUGCCUGGGCAGCCAGGUCAGACAGAGGCAUCCCUGCGGGCACUGGUGUCCCAGCUGCGCACCGAACUGGGGCAGCAGAAGGCAGCAUCACGGGCACUGACAGCCCGGCUGGCACGGGAGGAGCGACGGCACCGACAGCAGGAGGAGGGCAGUGCCCGGUGUGCCCAUCUGCAGGCGCGCAAGGCCGAGGCGCUGCGGGAGACCAAUGCGUUCCUGGCACAGGCGCUGGCAGCGGCGGCAGCAGCGGGGGACUUGGGGGCACUGGCACGGGCACAGGAGGAGGCUCGGGUGUGGCAGGAGGUGGCGGAGGAGCGGGGUGCCAACCUGGCUGUGGUGCGGGCAGAGACGGCCACACUGUCCUCACGCCUGCGGGACUGCCAGGCAGCGCUGGCAGCAGCACGGCGGGCACAGGCGCCAGCGGAUGCUCCCACCCCGGAUGAGGUGGCUGCAGUGGAGGAGGUGCUGCGGCGGGCACUGGAGCUUGCCAGUGACCCUCAGGAGCCCCUGCCAGACCCUCAGGUGGAGGGACAGCCCAGCACAGCUGUCAGCAUGGCCAUGCGUUUGGCCACGCUGGUCACCACGGCACGGGAGGAGGCCCGGCAGAGCUGGCAGCAGCUCCAGGCACAGCGGCAGGAGGUGGCACAGCUGCAGGAGCAGCUCAACAGGGCCCGUCAGGACGGGGAGCGCUGGGCAUCGGCGCUGCAGCGGGCGCAGCGCGAGGCCGUGGAGCGGGAGGCGACGCGCGGCGCGGAGCAGGCGCGGCAGCAGGAGCUCGUCCGCGACAUGAAGGGCAGGCUGCUGGAGCUGCUGCGGGAGAAGGAUGCGCUGUGGCAGAAGACGGAGGGCAUCGACACGCCGCCGCCCAGCCCGGCACCCCGCGAGGCAGGGCUGUGCGCCCGCUGCCGCAAGGAUUUCCGCCUCCUCUCCCGGCGCUACAACUGCAGCAGGCUGUGCCACGGCAAGGUAUGCCACGCGUGCUCCGUGGACGUGGGCAAGCACGGGCGCUGCUGCCUGCUCUGCUACCAGCAAAGGCGCCCGCAGGCUACGUGAGC